AUGUGGACCCACAACACACAUCCCGCAACCACAACUACAACAACAACAACAGUUCCUCCCACCACUACUCCUACACCCUCUACUACAAUCUUAACAUCAACAGCUCCAUCUACAACAAAAACAACAACUCUGCCUUCCACCACAACUCCAACCUCUACUCCUGCAUCAACCUCAAAAGGAGAAUCAACUGCCCAGUGCAGUGGUGAAGAAAGUUGUGUGUGGUCAGACUGGAUCAACCUUGGUCAGCCAACGUCUGGCUCUGAAGGUGGAGAUAAUGAAUCCAUUAAGAACAUCAUUGCUGCUGGUUAUCACAUUUGCUCAGCUCCAGAGGCAGUUGAAUGUAGAGCAAAUCAAUACCCUGGACUUCAGAUCUCUCAGCUUGGCCAAGACGUGACUUGCAAUCCAUCCGUUGGACUGAUUUGUGACAACAAUAAGCAAGGUCUUCAGCAAAAGUGCUUUGAUUAUGAGAUACGAGUGAAAUGUUGUCAAUGUGGACCCACAACACACAUCCCGACAACAACAACUACAACAACAACAACAGUUCCUCCCACCACUACUCCUACACCCUCUACUACAAUCUUGACAUCAACAGCUCCAUCUACAACAAAAACAACAACUCUGCCUUCCACCACAACUCCAACCUCUACUCCUGCAUCAACCUCAAAAGGAGAAUCAACUGCCCAGUGCAGUGGUGAAGAAAGUUGUGUGUGGUCAGACUGGAUCAACCUUGGUCAGCCAACGUCUGGCUCUGAAGGUGGAGAUAAUGAAUCCAUUAAGAACAUCAUUGCUGCUGGUUAUCACAUUUGCUCAGCUCCAGAGGCAGUUGAAUGUAGAGCAAAUCAAUACCCUGGACUUCAGAUCUCUCAGCUUGGCCAAGACGUGACUUGCAAUCCAUCCGUUGGACUGAUUUGUGACAACAAUAAGCAAGGUCUUCAGCAAAAGUGCUUUGAUUACGAGAUCCGAGUGAAAUGUUGUCAAUGUGGACCCACAACACCCAUCCCAACCACAACUACAACAACAACAACAGUUCCUCCCACCACUACUCCUACACCCUCUACUACAAUCUUGACAUCAACAGCUCCAUCUACAACAAAAACAACAACUCUGCCUUCCACCACAACUCCAACCUCUACUCCUGCAUCAACCUCAAAAGGAGAAUCAACUGCCCAGUGCAGUGGUGAAGAAAGUUGUGUGUGGUCAGACUGGAUCAACCUUGGUCAGCCAACGUCUGGCUCUGAAGGUGGAGAUAAUGAAUCCAUUAAGAACAUCAUUGCAGCAGUGGUUAUCACAUUUGCUCAGCUCCAGAGGCAGUUGAAUGUAGAGCAAAUCAAUACCCUGGACUUCAGAUCUCUCAGCUUGGCCAAGACGUGA